AUGUGCAAGAAUCUCCAGUGAGCAGGAUCUCCAACAGAGAAAAAUAGAAGACAACUAAAUUUCUACCAUUUGGCAUAUGGUUAACCCUAAAGAAUACCAUUCAUUCAUUUUCAUUAAUUAAUUAAUUAAUUAAUUCACCAUCCAAUUUGAUGCUGGACAAAGAAGUGGGCAGAUCCCAGAAACUGACUGGGAAAGAUGCCCGAGAUGUAUUUUAAAGGAGAAAAACAAGCUGAUGACCAGCAAUACGUACAGCACGGCAUCGUGUAUGCAAAAAUAAACCAGAAAUAAUCCUCCUUUAAUAUGCAAGUAGGUAAACAGAGAGAGCCCUGGAGAGACCCAGACAUAGUGUCAGCACAAGAGGCAUUGGGGGUGUCGGCUGUGUGUUAUACCUUCCCUCUACUUCUGAGUUGCUUGAAUCUUUCACAGUAAUUAUGGCUUCAAGUUUAUUUCUACAUUUUGAGACAUUUUCGAAGGCUGUCAGGUUCUUUUGUGAGUAGUACAGAGACCCGGGGUGUCCUGAAUAUUCCCAUUUUCCCCUUUUGAAAACAACUGCCAGGCAUAGUCCCUUCCUGGACACCCCCCCUCUACACACACACACACACACACACACACACACACACACACACACACACACACACACGGAGGCCAUGCUGGGUGACCCCACAGGAACAGCCUAACUUGAGUCAGGACCUUUUCCUUUCAAGGUUCAGUGUGAUCUGAAUGGAAAUGGAGCCAGAGUGCAGAAUUGAAUUCCUGGGUAGCCUUGCCUUUCCGGGAGGCUCUUUUGUAAGCAUUCUCCCCUGGGUGAGCCAGUGCGAGACUGCAACAACAGUCUUGGCAGAUGAAGGCUGACAUAAUUGAAAGUCACCGGAUUCUGAGGCUGCAAGUUCGGGAUCCAAGUGUCAACGACGACCGCAUUAGUUCCUUCCCAGGCCUCGCUCCCUAGGCGGUCCCUUCACCCUCUUAAGGUUAACUGUGUGUGUCUGGUCUAAAGUGCCUCACCUCUCCUUGUAGAGCGGUGGUUGCAAGGUGAAGGUGUGCCCCCAAGGACCUAAUUCGAAAGGCCCUGUCUCUAAACACAGCGACACCCCAAGCUCAUGCCUGUGCAGCUCUGCCAGGAGGAAGCCCAGGGUAGGAGCUGUGCCAGGCAACAGCUGGCACGUUAUGGAGCGUCGGAGCAAGAUGGAGUUUUUCCAGAAACUGGGCUACAGCCAGGAAGACGUGGUCAGGGUGCUGGGCAAACUGGGCGACAGUGCAUUGGUCAACGACGUGCUACAGGAGCUGAUCCAGACUGGUAGCCGCCCAAGGGUCCAGGACGAUCCGGCCAACAGCGCUGGGGUAGUGCUGACGCCCCGGGGAUGCUGCGGAGUCCGGGACUCUGCCCAGCAGGGCCUGGGACCAGGCCUGGAAGAGGCUGGCGGAGAUCCAGCCAGUUACCUGCGGCCCAUCGUGAUCGAUGGCAGCAAUGUGGCCAUGAGCCAUGGAAAUAAGGAAGCCUUCUCUUGCCGGGGAAUUCGUCUGGCUGUGGACUGGUUCAGGGACAGAGGACACACCUACAUCAAGGUUUUUGUCCCAUCUUGGAGGAAAGAGCCAUCAAGAUCUGAUACCCCCAUCAGAGAGCAGCACGUGCUGGAGGAGCUGGAGCGGCAGGCUGUGUUGGUCUACACCCCAUCCCGCAAGGUCAACGGCAAGCGAGUGGUCUGCUACGACGACCGCUACAUCGUGAAGGUGGCCUUCGAGAAGGACGGCAUCAUCGUCUCCAACGACAACUACCGGGACCUGCAGAAUGAGAACCCAGAGUGGAAAUGGUUCAUCGAGCAGCGACUGCUCAUGUUCUCCUUUGUAAAUGACAGGUUCAUGCCUCCUGAUGACCCCCUGGGCCGCCGUGGACCAACCUUGAGCAAUUUCCUAAGCAAGAAGCCAAGGCCCCCAGAGCCAUCUUGGCGGCACUGUCCCUAUGGCAAGAAAUGCACUUACGGGGUCAAGUGCAGAUUCUACCACCCGGAGAGGCCGCACCACGCGCUGCUGCCUGUGGCUGACGAACUCCGCGCAAAGACACGGGCCCGGCCGAGCGGUGGCGCCGAGGAGCAGCGGCCACCGCCACCGAGUGUCAGGAGCAGCAAUGCAGCACAGCCCCCGAUGCUUUCCCGGGAUCCCGGCGCGCAAAGUCUCCCACCGGCGCCGCAGCCCGCAACCCUGGGCGCCCUGAGCCAGAGUUUCUCGCGGCUGACCUUCAGCGAAACCCCGGCUAGCUGCGUCUCAUCCCAGACGCGUGAGCCCGACUGGAUGCCCACAGGUGGCCCCUCGUCCUGGGCCGUGCCAACCCCUCGCGCGGGCAGCGCUGCCGCCCCGAGGUCACCGGGGCUGCGAGGCCUCCGGACUCUGAACAGCUCGCUCUCUUCGGGCGACCUUGGGUCCCCAACCUGCCCGCAGGCCCAGCCGCCAGACGGACACCCUUCCAGGGACAUGCACAGUGACUUGCCUCCCCAGCGCAGAUCCCUGGAUGAUCCGUGGAACCUUCUCUCCAGCUCCUACCGUUAUCUGAGUCACCCAGCCUGGGCCGAGUGUGCUUGGGGCGAGGACGGCUUUAGAGGACCUUCGGGGUCAGCACAGCCCGCAGCCAAUGGUCGGGGAGCACACACUGCCUUCUGCAGUGUCUUCCCAGCUGAUCAAGGGAACAGUGGGAUGGCCUCGGAUGCUGCGCUCUCCGACCUGGUUCUGCUCACCCUCCAGCAGAGAUCCCAAAGGACUGGUGCGCGAUUGGGGGACCCUUAAGGGACAGGUUCGCAACACUGCAAGGAAUUGCAGAGGCUUGACUUGCACCUUGGACAGGUGGGCUACAAGAUGAUUGCCAACCUGGAUGUGCUUGGUCCCCCGUCAGUAAGAGACUUCCUUCUCAUCCUCGAUGGUGGAUACCCUUGGCGAUCUUGGGGAUGCUCCCAGGGGCUGCUGAAUGGGCAGGAUGCUUUCUGACAUGUUCAGAACACGUCCGUGUUUGGUUCUGAGCACCAGCCACAAAACGUUGCAGCUGGCCAUCACCACAAACCAAAGAGAACACCCAAGUAAUCAAGAUGAGUUUGAUACAAACUCUUGCUCUGUAAGCGUAUGUGUGUGUGUGUGUGUGUGUGUGUGUGUGUGUGUGUGUGUGUGUGUGUGUAUUUAAGACUCUAGGAAGCCAUGAGAAUGUGGGUCAUGGUUGAAAGUUUGAAAAAGACUGGCAGACAAUCUUGACUUUCGUGGCACCAAAUGAUCUUUAAAAACCUGUUCAGGUGACAUGGGAAGGAGGGAGCCGAUGCCUGGGGUUUUCAUGUCACCCUUGCUAACCUCACCCGUUGGGGAACCCAGUCUUCUGUAAAUUUUUAGUGUGGGGCUGUGAGGUGCUGUGGGUGCCCCCAGGGGCACUUGAUCCUAAGGGUCUUCUGACCAGUUCUUCAUUCCUUUUGUGCAUACAUACCAUACAACUCAAAUAUCACAUCACAUCACACACACACACACACACACACACACACACACAGAGAGAGAGAGAGAGAGAGAGAGAGAGAG